GGCUCUUUUUCGAGUCUCUAGUUUGAAAUUGGAUCUUUGUUCAAAACCCGCAAACACGGCGGUUUUGUCCACUCAUAAUCACUCCGCUUUCCAAUUAAGUUUUCUUGACACGGAAAUUCGGAAAGGUUGUCUUCGUAAACUUCAGCAACCCAUCCCGGGUAACCCUGGCCCCAGUGUCCACCCCCGGUGCGGCCGUGCCGCAGCCCGGUGGUGACAUGUCAUGUUAAUAACGAUCGACCCCUUUGGGCAAUUCGGGGUGCCUGGACGAUCUAUAUUUACUUUCCGAAGGACGACGUUCCUACGUUUCUGUGUUGAUUAUCUGAACUUGUGUUCCCCCGACGGCAUAUCGCUUUCUCUCUGGAAGCUGAAAGACAUAACAUAUCACACAUCAAACAAGCCGGCCAUGCACGUCUCACGCAGCCGCUCGCUGCAGCUGCUGACACUGUUCGCGGGCUUCAGUUCUGCGGCGACGACAACAACGACGCCCUCGACCUCCGUCGAAGUCGAUCUUGCCUUUCCGCGCAACGGCAGCACGUACAAGCCCGUCUGGCCCUUCCCCUUCGUCUUCGCCGUCCGCAAUGCCUCUAAGCUCUGGCCAGAGUCUGACGAAAAGAACUUUUACAACUUUUGGGUGAAAUGGGAUCUCACGGGGUACACCGAUAUUAACGAUGCGGACACGGGACAACUCUUCAGCUCGGGCGUCUGGCAGACAGAGGCAAAGAACAAGACAGCCGAUACUUACACCAUCAUCGACGCAUCCCGCAGGGACUUGGUCAACGCGACGCAACGGGAGUUUCGCCUGCGGUACACGGCGACCAUGUUCAGCGCUUGCCCCAAGAACGCCACCGGCGAGGGCCCGUCGUCAAAGGUCUACGAUGUCUCGUACAAUGGUACCGCCUUCUUCACAACCGACCCCAACGGACAGAUCCCGUCUCUCGUCGACACAACCGCGUGCCCCGACUUUGUCGGCAGUUUUGAAAUCACGGGUAACAGCCACGACUACGGCGACAUCUGUCCCGUGGUUUCGGACAAGGAGCCUGCAUCUGAAGCCUGCGGGUUCAAGAUGGACGCGGCUCUGGAGACGCAGGUCAAGGAGGCGAUGCUCACUCGGGCCAAUUGCCAGAACGGGACCUGGCCUGAUCCCGAGGGCAAACUCUCAGCGUUAUCUUGCAAUGCGGUCAAAACCAGUGAUGCGGGUGCCAAGUUGCUCGGCGGUCUUGUCACCAAGUCCUCGGCGCUCGUGUUGAUCUUGGCCUCAGCUUGGGCAAUAGUCUAAGGGUCCGGCGUUGCCCCACACACACACACUUACACAUACUAUCUGGGCUGAAGUGCCGUCAUCAAACGUGGCGCUUUUCAGCUUGGCAACAGCGUUGUUUUUAGCCAACCUUUGGCAUUUCGAAAGUCCAAAUUCUCGUUUUAUAUUGUACAUAUUGGAAUGGCGGUCAGGCUAAGAGAUACCAUCCUAUACAGUGGGAGUUUGGAGUUGUUUACACGAGAUGAGCCUUUCGGCAGUGGUUAUUAUGUUCUUUCUCGCAAUGCAGUGGAAUACCUUAGAUUUGUCUUCAUCAUGCAAAUUUUCAAACGAUAUUAUUAUUUCAAUGAGUAGCUAGAACAAAUUAUUUAAAGACGACAUUGAGUCCCUAGUCCGAUCAGUUUGGGGAAAGGCAUAGUGAAAG